GUCAGAUGUUGAUACAAGUCACUAAUAUCGUCUCUUUAGACCCGUUGCGGUCUUAGGGAAGUGGUUGGAAUAUGUGAUAUCGUUUGAAGUGUUUUGGAAACUUUGUAAGGACGUUGCUAGUCUUCGGCUGCUAUUUUGGGUUAGGAUAGCCCCCAUCUUUGUCUCACAGGAAAGCUCACCGUAUGCGGUGUAACAAACACAGUAGAAUAGAAGUGUACUAUUAUAGACACUUCUAUGCCAGGUUUCUGUCUGAAUAAACGCCUGUACAAGCUAGCAGUUAGCCCAUCAGUUAGCUAGCUUUAACCACAUCACAGCUUUAUCGGUUUCCUUCCGUUCCUCAUCUUUUUCGCCUUCGUCUUUAAAUUCCUUUGUUCUAAAGGUAAGGGUGCCCCAAAGAGUGAGAAGGGUGUACGGUUGUGCCGAGGCGGAGCACGACCCCCCUCCCCCGGGAGUUUCAGUCUUGAUGCUGCUAGCAAAGAUGCUAACAGAGACCCGGAAGUGAUCGACACGGACAGCAAGCGGUCAAAGCAGGGAUCGAGUGUGAGUGUAAAGUGUCGCGAUCGUGUGAAAAUGUGUCCAAAUGUCCAAAUGCUGAGAGCGUUGGUGAACCAGCGACUAGCUUUGGCUGUGGAAGAAAUAUUUGUAGUGUUGGAAAGAACCAUAGCAGAGUACGAGGAGGAACUUUGUCGAACAAAAGAGGAGAACGAGCGACAACGUCAACUACUGGACGCUGUUUCCAAGAGGUACCAAGUUGUCUUACACAGAGAAGAUGUCAAUCAAGAACAUCUUCACCCUGAGCAGCAGGAGUGGAGCUCCAGGAUGGGGGAGGAGGAGCCAUGGCCCCCCCACAUGAAAGAGGAAGAGCUCCGGCCCCCCCACAUUAAAGAGGAAGAGGAGGACCACAGCAUCAGCCAGGAGGGAGAGCAUCUUGAAGGACCGGAGGAGUUCCCAGUGAUUGGCGUCCCUGUGAAGAGUGAAGAUGAUGAAGACGAUGAAGGUGAAAGUGAGGAGAAGAUAGAGGCGGAGCCUCCAAGCAGCAGCUCAACUCAACACAUGACAACAGAAGCCGAUGGAGACCACUGUGGAGGAUCACCAGCAGACAAGCUCUUAGCUCCACUAUCAGAUAGUGAGCACACGACGUCACACUCUCCUGACACUGAUGAUGAUGAUGAUGAAGACUCUACAGCUGAUAUGACAUGUCACCCUGACAACACACGCUUGAAAUGCCAACACUGCGACAAGACCUUCAAACACCGCAGUCGUCUGGAAACACACACGAGAAAACACACAGGAGAGAAACCAUUCCUGUGCCCAGUUUGCGGUAAAGGAUUCUCUUGGAAGGAAAGUUUGACACGCCAUAUUAGACUGCACACCGGAGAGAAACCUUUUUCCUGUUCCGUGUGUGGUGUAAGUUUUCCAGUCAGAGCUCAUUUGACAAGACACCUGAGAAGACACACUGGAGAAAAACCAUAUUCCUGUUCUGUGUGUGGUACAGGUUUUGCGUAUAAACGUGACUUUAAGACUCACAUGGCAAAACACACUGGGGAAAGACCAUAUCCCUGUUCAGUGUGCGGUCUGGCAUUUAUCCAUGGAAAGUCUUUGAAGAGACACAUGAGAAUCCACACGAGAGAGACAGUGUUUCGGUGCAACGUGUGUGAUGAACAAUUCUCUUCAAGGUACCAGCUUAACAACCACACGUGUGCUGGGGAGAACAGCAGCAGGAAGUGAAGCUGCGCCGCUUCCUGAUGGGGAGAACAGCAGCAGGAAGUGAGGCUGCGCCGCGUCCUGAUGGGGAGAACAGCAGCAGGAAGUGAAGCUGCACCGCUUCCUGAUGGGGAGAACAGCAGCAGGAAGUGAAGCUGCACCGCUUCCUGAUGGGGAGAACAGCAGCAGGAAGUGAAGCUGCACCGCUUCCUGAUGGGGAGAACAGCAGCAGGAAGUGAAGCUGCACCGCUUCCUGAUGGGGAGAACAGCAGCAGGAAGUGAAGCCGAUAAGAUGAAUAGUUUCCACUGCAUUUCAGCCCUGCCACAAAAGGAGAAGCUGCCUCUGGUUAACAUAGGUGAGGGUGUUGACAAGGACAAAGGCUGGAGAUGACUCUGUGGUUCUGAUUGAGUGAGAAGACCAGACUGGAAGCUUUAAAAGGAGGCUUUUGUUCCUGCCUUGUUCCCCUUUAGACCACACCCACGUACAUAGCAGGUAUUUGACCUUUAGUCAACUCAUUAAAGCUGCCUGACAACUAUCUCUG